CACCUUUUACAUCACAAUAUUAUUAUGAACUGUGAGUAAUACGAAUGUAACAACACUGCAAUAAACUUAUCACAGGUUAAUUAUCGUCUUAGUAUUUUGACAGAUGGUUUUUACUAGUUUUUUUUGCUGAGUAUAAUGCAGUAUCUGACCUCAAAUGUCGACGAAGAGCCGUAUGAGAGUCUAUAUCUUACCUAUUGCCAGCAUAUUGCGGUAUUCGCAUUGAUAGUUUUCAUAUUAUUAGCAACUGUCGUGGUGCAGAGAAUAGGGACAAGGAAACAUGCACAAAAAAGAAAAAUAUCUACAGUCAAUAUUUCGGUCGGAGAAUUGGACCAACACAAGGAGAAAAAAGAUGGAGAGACAAAAUCAGAAGAGGAAAGGAUGCGGCAAAGUGAAUUAAAUGUAAAACCUUUAAGUGUGAAUUAUCACUUCACACGACAAUGUAACUAUAAUUGUGGAUUUUGUUUCCAUACAGCUAAGACGUCUUUCGUUCUCCCACUGGAACAAGCUAAAAGAGGGCUGGAAUUACUGAAGAAAAAGGGUAUGGAGAAAAUUAACUUCUCUGGUGGAGAACCCUUUAUAGUUAAGCGUGGCGACUUUGUUGGUGAACUUUGUAGAUUUUGUAAGAUAGAUUUGGCACUACCGAGUGUUACUAUUGUAAGCAAUGGAAGUUUGGUGACAGAGAAAUGGUUUGAAAAGUAUGGUAAAUACCUGGAUAUUUUAGCAAUAUCUUGUGACAGCUUUAAUCCUGAUGUUAAUGAAACAAUUGGUCGACAACAAGGCAACAAGAACCACCUGCAGUCACUGAGACAAGUCAGAGAAUGGUGUUAUCAGUAUAAGAUUGCUUUUAAGAUUAAUACAGUUGUCAAUACCUACAAUCAAGAAGAAGAUAUGACUGAACCUAUACAAGAGUUGAAUCCUUGUCGAUGGAAGGUGUUUCAGUGUCUUUUGAUUGGAGGAGAGAAUGCAGGAAGUGAAGCGCUGAGGCAUGCGGAGUCUUUUGUUGUUUCCGACGACGAUUUUAAAAACUUUCUGACCAGACAUAGUCCUGUGUCUUGUUUAGUGCCAGAAUCUAACGAUUUUAUGAGGAACUCCUACCUCAUCCUGGACGAAUAUAUGCGUUUUCUAGACUGCACUAAAGGCAACAAAGACCCCUCCAGAUCCAUACUGGACGUAGGCGUGGAUAAUGCAUUGUUAUUUAGUGGUUUUGAUGAGAAAAUGUUCUUUAAACGCGGAGGAAAAUACGUAUGGAGUAAAGCGGACUUAAGAUUGGAGUGGUGAUCAUAGAACUUGAAAUUAAUGUUUUAGGCAGCUCAAAAACAAAAAAAGUAUUAACCCAUUCAUUGAUAUGUUAACAUUGUUUAAAGACUUCUAUUUAAUGACAUUUGCUUUCCAAACUGUUAUUCUUGACGUUUUAUACAAAUAUAUAUUUCACAAAUGCCUUUAUUGAAUAAUACAUUAUAUAUUGAAGUAGAAAGUAGUUUUUGCAAAUGUUGAUAUUUAUUUUUCAUCAGUUUAGGCUGAUCUUUAGUAAUUUGUGAUUUCAAAUGAGUUAAAAUGUUCUUUUCCCCCCAGAAAUUUGAACAUUUGAUGCCGCAAUGAAAUUUAUUUGAAAAUCUUUUCAUUUAAAUUACCGGUAUUAAUUAUAUAAUCUACUGUAAUAUUUAUUUGAAAAAAAUUGUAUCAUUGAUUCCUUUUUAUGCCCCACCUACGAUAGUAGAGGGGCAUUAUGUUUUCUGGUCUGUGCGUCCGUUCGUUUGUUCGUCCGUCCGUCCGUUCGUUCGUCCGUCUGUCCCGCUUCAGGUUAAAGUUUUUGGUCAAGGUAGUUUUUGAUGAAGUUGAAGUACAAUCAACUUGAAACUUAGUAUACAUGUUCCCUUUGAUAAGAUCUUUCUAAUUGUAAUGCCAAAUUAGAGAAUUUAUUCCAAUUUCACGGUCCACUAAACAUAGAAAAUGAUAGUGCGAGUGGGGCAUCCGUGUACUGUGGACACAUUAUUGUUUUAUAAUUAAUUUUAUCAAAGCAAAAUACUCAAGACUAUUCCGUUUUUUAGAGGAAUUAACUGUAAAUAUGUGUUGAUAUAAAAACGAAAAUAUGUACGGUGACCAGUUUUUUUUUUUUAAAGCAAACCAUAAAAGCUUUGUUCCAAUUAUUUUGUUGUUAUUGUUUCCUAUUCUUUCAUUACGUUUUCUUUGUUUAUACUUUUAAAGUAAUUUUUUUCUAAACGUUUAAUAAAAAAAAAACCUUAAUUAGACACACUAUAUGUAGCUUGACUUGUUCCGGAUGACACAUUCUUUUCGUAAUGUUUUAUUUUUCAUAAUAGAACAAGAGAAACGAUUUUUUGGCAAAGUACGAACUGAUGCUUUUGUCUCGUCUGCGACGGAUGCCGCGGCAAGUCUGACAUUUAAAUUGCAUUUCCGGCGACGAUGAUGAUAUAAUCACCAAUUGUGAAAUUUCCGAUAAAGUUAGUUUGUUAGAAACUACUUGCAAUAGAUCAGCUAUUUUUAAUAAACAUUUGCAUUACUAUAAAGUACAUGUAUCAGAUUGACGACUUUUUUGAGGCCCUGUCGCCAAGGUCAUUAUAAGUCCUGUGACUUUGGAUCAAUUUUCAAUGUGUUAUGCUAA